CAAGCCCGGCUAUGCGGAGUACUGGAAUUGGCGGGAGCACUGGUCGCGCAAUGCCCGGUCGGAGGCCUCGCUUCGCCUCUUCAUGGCCGACCAGGUCCUGCCUUUCUGGGCACAGUGCGUGCGCUGCCGCAAGUGGCGCCGCCUACCCAAGGGGGACGACCUUACACCAGAGUUUGUUGGGCUCGUUCACCUGUGGCGACAUCCCAUCGUACGAUGACAGCACGGAAGACACAAAGACGGACGACUGCUCGGUGCCUGAAGACCCGAACGCUGCAGCCGCCAUGCAGCCCGAGUGGAUCUGCACGCUGACACAGCCACCGUUUCUCAUCAGCUCCCCGGCGCAACAGUUCCUGGGCGACUACUUUGCCGACGGGGUUGGGAUCAGCCCUUCCUCCGAGAACCCCAAGGCUCCCGAGAAAAGCACACGGCAACAAAAUGGCAACAGUGAUACGACCACCACCAGCACCUCUGAAUGCUAUCUUGAGCCAGGUGAGGCUUCUGCGCUGCACGAGUUCUUUUGA